AUGGCCACUGAUGGCCCUAAUAUGGAAAUGCUUCGUUUAGAAGAAAAAUUGUUCAAGUAUUCACACAAGGUCUUGCAGAUUUUUAGUUUUGAGUGGGAAUCGUUUGAGUUAAUCCAGUGCUGGCUACUUGCGACACUCUACUUGCGUAUCACCCACAGACAAACUGCCGCAAAUUCAGCUUUUGGUCACGCCAUCAGUAUGUGUCGUUCCAUGGGCUUGUUCAGAGACAGAAAAGUUACAGCAGACGUUUCCACCUAUGAUCUUUUGAAGGCCAAGAGAAUCUUCUUCUCCAUCUACUGUUUCGAUAGAAUCAUCUUUUUGCAAGCCGGUCGCUACCGGGCUUUGAACGAGUUUGACAUAAUUCGUCCAUUCCCCAGUUUUGACUUUGUGAAGGAGUCUGCUGGUGACGAUUGGAUCACGCUACCGGCAUUCGCUAUGAUUCAUAUUGCUCGAGUAUCUAACUACCUCCACACGAACAGUUCAGACAAUUACGACUUGCUCAAAUCCCAGCAGAUCAAUAAGGAGAUCUAUUUAUUACAGGGAUGGCUAUCUGAAAACGGUUUCGAUGAUGUACAUGAUAUCUUUCCUUAUGAGGGCUGCGGGGGCACUGUAUCACAUAUGAUGAAAGCCAUCGUGAAACUUCAUUUUUAUGAUUUAUUAUUGGCUAUCCAUGGCAAACUCCUUUUCAGCUACUUUGGUAAGAGACUUGCCUCAGAAGGAAUGCAGAUCGAAAAGGUUGUGGAAGCUAACGAGGGAGUGAUUUAUUUAUUAAACAAACUCAAGAACGCAAAUUGCCUUUACGCCCCAUGGUACAUCAACCUACUUUUGUUGUUCAAUGUGGGCAUAAACUGUCUCGUGUUCAUCAAUGCGGGUGUGUUCCUCGUUGAGUCCAGGCGGCUCAUGAAGGAGUCUAUGAAUUUGCUCAACAUCUACCAGGACUCGCCAGUGAAGAAUGAAAAGGGCAAGCUAGUAUUCCAUGAGAGGUUCAAGAUGGUGAAGGAAUGUAUUUGGGUGUUUAAAAUGACAAACAAAAUCAUGUCACUCAGCUUCCAAAAAUCACUAGCUGAUAUCGAAGAGUACGGCACGGAUCCUGGAUCAGCUGAGGUGAACCAGCAGUACUUUUCGCAGUUUGGUUUGAUGAAGAGAAAGAAAAAAGACGAUUUGGAGAAACUCAUGGAGGACCAAAGCAAACGGGAAUAUUAUGGCAAGAGCAGUGUCAACGAGGAGUCGUCACCUGGUACAGUGCCAUCACAGCCAGCCUCGGACGCUUUCGGUAACGAUAACUUUUUGGGUAACCUCCAGUGGUUUGACCAGUGGCUCGACUUUAACCAGGAGAUAUAA